UAAUUUAGCCUAGUUAGUGGAAAUUUCUCAAGUGUGUAUGUAUCUGUGUGAACGUUCUGUAUUUUAAACUUUUUGGAGCUUAGCCAGAUACUUCAAAUGCUAAUCCUGGCAGAAUUUCCCUUUAAGGAUGUCCUGCAGAGAAUUUGUUACUCAUAGUUUUAAGUAAAAAUUGACAAGUAGUGCUUUUUCAGCCCAGUAGGAGUAAUGUGCAUGGUGUAAGACUUGGAGAAAAUGCAGGGACCCUUCUGUUUUCUCCUGCAAAGUUGAAAAAGCUACAUGCAGUUGGAAAGGAUCUUCAGAUGGUGCUGGUGACUUUCUGUUCCUUUGGGAGUUAACACGCAUAUGGACUGGAGGAAAAAUAAUCAACGUAUAUUCUCCUUUUGUAUUGUUUAAAUCACAGGAAGAAGCGGCUUUAAGACAAAGAUCAAACCAAAAUGACAACUGCUCAAUUUUACUGUCAAUACUGCACAGCAUCACUUCUUGGGAAGAAAUAUGUACUAAAGGAUGACAGUCCGUACUGUGUUACAUGUUAUGAUCGUGUAUUUUCUAACUAUUGCGAGGAGUGCAAAAAACCAAUUGAAUCCGAUUCUAAGGAUCUUUGUUACAAAGACCGGCACUGGCACGAAGGAUGCUUCAAGUGCACCAAAUGCAAUCACUCUUUGGUGGAAAAGCCUUUUGCUGCCAAGGAUGAGCGCCUGCUGUGCACGGAAUGCUAUUCUAAGGAAUGCUCCUCCAAGUGCUUCCACUGCAAGAGGACCAUCAUGCCUGGUUCCCGCAAAAUGGAAUUUAAAGGAAACUACUGGCAUGAAACCUGUUUUGUGUGUGAGAAUUGCCAACAACCUAUAGGGACAAAGCCUUUGAUCUCCAAAGAGUGUGGCAAUUUUUGUGUGCCGUGUUUUGAGAAGGAGUUUGCUCACUACUGCAACUUUUGUAAGAAGGUGAUAACUUCAGGUGGGAUAACAUUUUGUGGCCAGCUAUGGCAUAAAGAGUGUUUUCUGUGUAGUGGCUGUAGGAAAGAUCUCUGUGAAGAACAGUUUAUGUCCAGAGACGACUAUCCAUUCUGCGUGGACUGCUACAACCAUCUUUAUGCCAACAAGUGUGUAGCCUGUUCCAAACCCAUUAGUGGUCUCACAGGUGCCAAGUUUAUCUGCUUUCAAGACAGCCAGUGGCAUAGCGAAUGCUUUAACUGCGGGAAGUGCUCUGUCUCCUUGGUGGGUAAAGGCUUCCUGACCCAGAACAAGGAAAUCUUCUGCCAAAAAUGUGGCUCCGGGAUGGACAGUGACAUCUAGGAGACAGUCCUUUCCCACCUAAAAUCCACUUUGCCUUUGUUGUCACUAAAGCCAGAAUUCAAUUGCAGUCUUAUUUUUGACUUAAGUUUUAGAAAAUAUUAAUGUAGUUUAGAAUGGAAAAGUUUUUGCACACAGUUUGAUCGAACUGUAUUCUAAGGGCACAAAAGCACAGUAGAACAGAAAUGAAUAUAUGCUAAAUCACAAAGACAACUCUCCUUGCAAAAUACUGCACUCUGCUGUUAGAAACAUAGGAAAAUAUCUCUUCAUAAUCAAAUAUAUGACAUAUACCUAGGAGCUGUGGAUGUAAUUACUGAAGAAUGAGGUUUUUCAUACCUGAAGAGUAAAAGAAAAACUAAGAGCUCAAACUGAGAGGUAUGCAUGAGACUAGUGUUUGCAUUCCUGGUUAUAUGUAAUGUGAUAAAUUAGCUAUGAAUGGUAAAAGAACAAAAGUGAUCAGAGUAAAUUCAUCAGCAAUUAUCACAUUUAAGAAUUGUUAUGAUUUAAAAAUCAUUCUUUUUUUGUUCACACAUACUGACUUUAGAAUUAAAAAACAAAGCUACAAUUUGUCCUCAUACGCAGUUUCCACAGCUUGCUAGCUCCGUGUUUACUCAAUGGAAUAUGAGAAUUGAAGACUUUAUGGCUCUCAUAAUCUGCAUAGGUAUAAAGGGGAUCAUUUCUACCUAGGGAUAGCCAAACCAUGGGUUUCAACACAUUUUGUAUUAAAUGUGUUUUCAAAGUCCACAGUGAUUUUUCUAAACGCUUACAGAUUCCAUGAAAUAACAGUCAUUCUUUCAA